UUUAAUUCUGUUGUCUGCUCCUCUUCUUCGUUUUUGUUUCCUCUCUCUCUCUCUCUCUCUCUCUCUCUCUCUCUCUCUCUCUCUUUCUCUUUAUAUUUGGAUUUGAGUGCAACUGUUUGGAUUGCCAGCUUUCUUUGUUCUGUAGUAGAGGGUAGAGUUUGGAGGUUUUCCUUUAGGGUUGUAUCAUGGAAGUGUAGAUUCACACCUCAUGUACUAAGAUUUGGGGUCUUUCUCUCUUCAUCUCUUUGGUUCUUUUAUUGUCUUUUAGAUCUAGAGAAGGGGUAGCUUGAAGAUAAUUUGGGCACAGCAAAAUAGAUACAGAUAUAGAGAGAUAGAGAGAGAGAGAGAGAAAGAACAAAGGGGAGAUCAUGGUCGCAUAUUGGGUAGUGAUGACUCGUUUAUGGUUCUGAUUUGGACUCACAUCAGGAUCCUUACAGCCACCACAAAGAACAGCUUUUGCUGAGGAUAAGAAGAAGACCAAGAAGGCGGUGCUGUUGUUCUGCUUUGCUUUAGGAAAUGGCAGCCGCUUCUUCGUCGGUACCGUUCCUUGGAUUCAGAGAGGAAGAUCAGUCCAACACGCAGCAUCCGCAACAGAAACAGCAAUCGUCGAGUUCAUCGGCAGCUGCUACUCGACCUGCAUCUCCUCAGAAGAAGAAGAGGACCCUCCCCGGAAAUCCAAAUCCUGACGCGGAGGUGAUCAAUUUGUCGCCAAAAUCACUUCUUGCAACCAACAGAUUCAUCUGCGAGGUGUGCAACAAAGGGUUCCAACGCGAGCAGAACCUGCAGCUGCACCGGCGUGGCCACAACCUGCCAUGGAAGCUGAAGCAGAAGAACCCCAAGGACGUCGUCCGCCGCCGCGUGUACACCUGCCCGGAACCCUCGUGCGUCCACCACGACCCCUCGCGCGCCCUCGGCGACCUCACCGGCAUCAAGAAGCACUACUGCCGCAAGCACGGCGAGAAGAAGUGGAAGUGCGACAAGUGCUCCAAGCGCUACGCCGUGCAGUCGGACUGGAAGGCUCACUCCAAGACCUGCGGCACUCGCGAGUACCGCUGCGACUGCGGAACCCUCUUUUCCAGGCGUGAUAGUUUCGUCACCCACAGAGCCUUCUGUGAUGCGUUAGCACAAGAGAGUGCGAGGAUUCCGGCGGCCAUGGCCAUCGGCAGCCAUUUAUACGGCGACAAUGGGAUCAAUUUAGAUCUUCCUCAGGUGAAUUCGCAACUCUCGUCCUUGCAAGAUCAAAUCCGGCUCGGUGGCGGUGCAACCCAAUUCGAUCACCUCACUAUGCCGUCAUUUCGUCCACCUCCGUCUGCCAGCUCGUUCUACCUUGGUGGCGGCUCCGGCCACCAAGACUUCAAUGAAAGCACUCAUGGCCUACUGCAACUCCAAGAUCUGCAGGUUCAUGCCAGCUCCUCAUCUGCCGCCGUUGCUUUUGAUAUCUUCGACCUUGGCAUCUUCUCCCACAGCAGCAACAGGAACGCCAUGGCCGGUAGCAGCAGUGCUGGGAUGAACCCAAACGCUCAUCUCCUGAUCCCUGCUCAACUUGGCAAUGCUAGCGGAAGCAAUGAGCCAACCACACUGUUUGCAGGAAAUCUCAUGAGCAAUCAUCUCGACCCAAACAUGUCUUCCGUGUACAACCACUCCAUGAGCAAGGAAUCAAUACCACCGCACAUGUCGGCGACUGCACUUCUCCAGAAGGCUGCGCAAAUGGGCGCCACGUCCAGUCGUGGCACUGCAAGCUCCUUACUCAGAGGACUCGGCAGGUCAUUCGACGGUGUUAGAGAGAGCUCAGCAAGUCAGGAAGAGGACGAGACCCAAUUCCAAGGCCUUAUGAGUUCCCUCGCUACUGGAAACAGUACUGGUUCAUUCGGUGGUGGAAACGAGAGCAAGUUGCAGGGAUACCCAUCAGCCACUGGCCGGGGAGCAUCCGAUAGGUUAACCAGAGACUUCCUUGGGGUUGGCAGCAUGAUGAGGAACAUGGGGAGAGGGAUAGCACGAAGAGAACAGCAUUCCGGCAUGGACAUCGACGAACUGGAUUCAGAGAUGAAGUCUGGAUCCUCUACUCCAUCUUUUGUCGGUGGGAAUCUGCAAUAGAGAUUUAGGGACUCAGGAAGCUGUCUUUGAUACUCUCUGUACUGUGUCACUGUUAAAUCUUGGUCGGUAGGAUAGGAUCCAGAUAACUUCAUCUUUCAGGUUCCAAUAACUUGCAUUUGCCACUCAGAACAAACAAGUCUUCUUCUUUCACGGAGUUAAUGGAAGCUUAACUUGAUGCAUGGUUUACACA